GCAGCAAGUGAAAUACUCGAAACUUCAACAUAAAUUCGUGCAAAUUUUUGGUUUUGUUAAUCUAAAAUAAUCGCAGUGCAAACAUGUUUCGCUUGACUACCAGUUUGAAACGAUUUAGCGACAUCUUCGUGACCGCUCAGCGUGCCAAAUCCUGCGGUAAGAAGGAGGAUCCCUGCAAGAAGAAAGAUCCUUGUGCCAAGAAGGAGGAUCCGUGCAAGAAGAAGGAAGAUUCGUGCGGCAAGAAAGAUGACAAAAAUAAGGACGUUUGCGGAAGAGACAAACAGCCCACGGGUCCCAAAUGCAAGGGCGGCAAGCCAGGCGCUGCUGGAGGUUCAAAAGCUGCUCCCAAAGCUGCUCCGAAAGGCAAGAAGUAAAAUCGGAAAAAUGCUCUCUAUCCCUGCCCUGUCCAACGCUAUGUUUCUGCUGCUAUCCAAAAGCACGCUGCUGAUCCUGCGGCAUCGCGUGUCCAAUGGACCUGGCAUUGGGCUCUUCAGCAAGCUCUUGAACAAGUGCGAGGUUAGACAGAAGGAUGCCAGUCCCGAGGCGCUUGAAGAAGACAAGGAACCCAAACGUUAGAAGCAGGGAGAGCCAAAUAAUGUGUUGCCGGGGGCCCCCAUUUUACAGCAAGAUCAUAAAACGGAACGCAGACAUUAUAAAGCCAUAAAGCAACAACUAAAAUCACAG